AUGUCUGAUAUUAUCAUUGUUGGAGGGGGGGUUUUUGGGCUCUCAACUGCGGCCCACUUUGCACGCUCGCACACUGUGACAGUGAUAGAUAAGUUCACGAUCCCAUCACCAUUAUCAGCGUCCACUGAUUACAACAAAAUUGUAAGACUGGAAUACAAUGACGAAGUCUACGCAAAUAUGGCUGUCGAGGCUAUGGAAUAUUGGCAAGGCAAAGGUAAUACUGUACUACCUCCGGGCUUGCUGCAAGACUCGUACUCGCACUGCGGGCGUAUUUCUGUCGUCCCACCGAAGUCUUCGCCCAGAUAUGGUUUCGAAAUUGAGAGCUUGAAGUUGCUAAGGGAGCGAUUUGGUCGUUGUGACGCUGUCGCAGAAUUCAGUGACGAUUUGACAUGCGGUGGGAUGUUUCCGGAGUUUAAGUCAAGUCAUGGCCAAGGCACCUUUAGAUUCAACCCCGAUUGUGGCAUUGGCCUCGCAGCCAAGUCUCUUUUGACUUUAAAAAGGCAUUGCGAAUCUCUUGGGGUAUCAUUUUUAGAGAACGAUGGGGUUGCGUGCAUUGAUGGUGGAGACGAACGUGUGAAGAUUACCUUAGCGUCCGGAAAGGAGUUAUUUGCUCAGAGGGCGCUUGUAGCCUGUGGCGCGAACACCUCGACUGUUGUGAACCUCAAUGGCAGCGUUAAAUCUACCGGGCUAUACGUGGGCCAUAUUCAAUUAAGUGUGGAAGAGUUCGAAAAAUAUAAGAACAUCCCGGUCGUGUUUGAUCCGACGAUGGGAUACUUUUUCCCGCCCGAUCGUGAAACAAGGCUUCUCAAGCUCUGUGCAAGCGCCAGCUCGACCUACGACAAAGCUAGCGGCGGUCUAUUGCCGCGGUAUCAACACCUCGAGCCUGAUACCGUGAAGAGCAUUCCAGUGCAGUCCGUGGCCCAGAUCCGGACCUUGAUCCACGAGUACUUGCCUGAGCUCGAGUUUGAUUCCCAAGGCCAGUUGCGCGAGGUCAAAGACUGCAAGAUCUGCUGGAUUAGCGAUACGUCCAAUUCUGAUUUUAUCAUUGACGAAGUGCCAUCGAAACCAAACGUUUUCGUGAGUUGCGGAGACUCCGGACACGGUUACAAGUUUCUUCCCAACAUUGGGUCCUACAUCAAGGCCAGAAUGGACCGCAAUCUCUCGCCGCAGUUAGCUAGCAAGUGGGCUCUGCGUGAAAGUCACUGGACAACCCAAACAAUUCCCUGGAGAGUAGAACACAAGCGGAAACACAUUGACGAGAUAGAAUGGCAUUGA